UCUUCGAUACGUCAUCGAAGGUGGACCAUCGUACGCAUAAAAUAUACAUCGAUACUACGUUUCACGAUUCUUCAGCAAUAAUCUGCAUAUUUUUUACAAUUAAGCUAAUUAGUUUAAAGUAACCCCGUACUGGAUGUAAUAAAUUAACUCGGACUAUUAAUUACGCGAUAAGGAAACAGAAAUCUCGUUCAUAACUGUACGUCGUCGAGUCAACAUUGCUUUAGUUUUCUUGUCAGUAACGUUUACGAAAAGGAAGAAUCGUCAUGACCGAAUGCAACGACGAGUUGUUCAAGUGUUGCAAUCCGUAUCACAAGAAUGUUCGAAACUUUCGCAAGCAAGUUCGAUACAAGAUGAAGAAAAUAGUGGAAGGCAAGGCGCAGUUAAAAGAUAAUUUGUGCAAGGUUUGUCAGUGGAUAAUCGUGAAGAACGACGACAUUUAUAAUAUUGAUGACAUAUUAAAUCAUAACGCCGAUACGUAUGGCUGUUCGAUGGAACAGAAGUGUUCUAUCGAUAAAUCGCGAAUGACUGCCAAGGCCAGUGGCAUGAUAUGCGUGGAGAAAACAACGAACACGUGUUUUGUAAUGAAUACGCGGAAACGCAUUACUUCCUGUCAGACGGAGAACGCAUUAUUGACAUGGUUGAAGAAGUGCGCAGAUAUCUCGCCAUUAUGUUUUACUGCGUUUGAUAGUAAAUCGGCUCGGUUGAAAAGAAUUAAUAAAGACUGCAACACAUCCAUGAUCUGUACCACUACCACCACUGCAUCUCCUACAGAGGGAUUGCAGGAAACACACUUGACAGGGAUGGAGCAACGAAAUGUCUUAAGGCCCAUACUGAAAAGGUCUCUGGAAUCGGAUUCCGAAGGUGUCACCAGUGUAAAAAAACGUCACAAGAACCCACAGCCAAAGAACGCGGUAUGCGCGUUGAACGAAUUAAAAACCGGUGCCGUAUAUAAAGUAGUGGAACAGACAGGUCCUACUCAUGCUCCAAUAUUUACGAUAGCCGUACAGAUCGAUGGACAAACGUACGAGGGCAAAGGUCGUACUAAAAAAAUGGCAAAACACGCUGCCGCUGAGCUCGCUUUGCGAAACAUUAUUCAAUUCAGAAAUACACCGGAAGUUCAUCAAGCGAUCAACACUUGCCAACCUUCGAUACCCCUCGAACCAGAUUUUACGAGCGACGUUACGGAACGAGAUAAUCAUCUAGUCAACGCUUUUAAGACUCUAACACAAGAGCCAAAAAGUACAAGCAAAUUUUUAGAAAAAGGACCUGUAGCGCUCAUUAAUGAAUUGUAUCCGGGUGUUGUGUACAAAUGCGUAUCGGAUAACGGAGAAAGUUAUGCAAAAUUUACAAUAUCGGUGACCAUCGACGGAGAAACGUUCGAAGGAACUGGGCCAAGUAAAAAGCUAGCUAAAGCUGCCGCCAGUAAAGCGGCAUUAGCUAAAUUGAGGAACGUUCAUAGUUCUUCGUUCUGCAUACCGCUUCCUGUACGCGUCUUACCAAAUUUUUCAAACAGUGGUGGGCACUGGCAAGAACAGAUGUCGUUACCUCAAAUGUUAGCCGACAAGAUUGGUAAGAUGGUGAAUCAAAAGUUCAGUGAACUUAUUCAGUCUAAGCCGCAGCACGCUCGACGUAAGGUUUUGGCAGGUAUUGUCCAGACAAAAGGUUCGGAAGCGGAAUUGAUAUGCGUAACGACCGGUACCAAGUGCGUUUCCGGAGAACACUUGAGCGUCAGCGGUGGUGCAUUAAACGAUUGCCACGCGGAAGUAGUAGCAAGGAGAUGUUUAUGCGAAUAUUUAUAUAAACAGUUAGAACUUCACGCGGAAGAUCGCCCGACGGAAUCGAUUUUAGAACGCAUGAAAAAGGGGUUCAAACUGAGGCAAGGCAUUCAAUUCCAUUUAUACAUAAAUACCGCUCCAUGCGGUGAUGCCAGGAUUUUUUCGCCUCACGAGGAAAACGAGUCCGUCGACAAACAUCCGAAUAGGAGAGCCAGAGGUCAAUUGAGAACCAAAAUAGAAUCUGGAGAGGGCACGAUACCGGUGAAAAGCAGCGAAGGUAUCCAAACGUGGGACGGCGUACUCAUGGGCCAAAGACUGCUGACGAUGUCGUGUUCGGACAAAAUAGCUCGGUGGAACGUUCUUGGUGUGCAAGGUGCACUUCUAAGCCACUUCAUCGAGCCAAUUUACUUCCACAGCAUCGUUCUUGGCAGUCUAUUGAACCCAAGUCAUAUGUAUAGAGCUGUGUGCGGCCGUAUCGAAAAUACGAUUCAAGGUCUACCACCACCAUACAGACUUAACAAACCGCUAAUGAGCCUUAUCACGUCUUCCGAAGUGAGACAACCCGGGAAAGCGCCUAAUUACAGCGUUAAUUGGACAAUCGGUCAAACCGAAGCCGAAGUGAUAAAUUGUACGACGGGAAAGGACGAGUUGGGCAAGCCAUCCAGAAUAUCGAAGCAAGGGCUCUUCAGAAGGUUUUACAAUUUACUCGGUAAACUGGAAACUAUCGACGACGCUGACAAGAAUCAGUGCCGUCAUUAUUUAGAGGCGAAAUCAUCCGUACAAAAUUAUUCGCUUGCCAAGCAUCAGUUGAAGGAAGCUUUUGUAAAGGCACAUCUUGGGAGUUGGGUUAAAAAACCAAUCGAACAAGAUAUGUUUGAGGUUGAUAUCUGACUAAGUCAGAGUAACGAUAAGAUCUCGCCAGACGAGACAGACUAUCGGGUGGCAGAUUACGUAGUUCCUACUGCAAACUAGAUCGCUCGUUCAGCGUGUUAUGAUAUGGCAGAAUGCGGCAUCAGUAAAGCAUAAAUCGUAGGAUCUCACAUGCAGGUCUGCUACUGCUGUUGUUUGACUUUGCAUCGAGUGCGAUCUUGUCGUAUAUACAUCGUGUUCAGAGUGUAUAAAAAGAAAAAAGACAAGUCCCUUCCUAUUUUCAGGAGGAUAUUUUGUCUUCGAGCCGUCGAAGGUUUUACGAUUCGAUAGUUGCUCAGUUUUAAAUAUAGGACUUAAACGUAACACUUUCGAUACUUCGAAUUUUAAUCUUAAUCUAUCAUAGUACGACGUCAAUUUCGACCAUUUUUUUUAUAGAACUAGUCGCGACUGUGAAUACGAAAGAAAGAACGGGAUAGAUCUUUUCGUUUCCUAAGCAACACGUAGCGAAUACGUCAACUUACGUUUGCUUCUAUCGUUAUCGGAAUCGACAAAUUUUUACCACGAAUUAAUUCGAUACAUAUCCAUCGGUCGAUCUUACUAUCAAAACAAAUUCUCGUAGUAAUAUUUUAACGUAAAAUACCCUGAUGUGUAUCAAGUUGCUCGUACAAGAGAAGAUUAAAAUCGAAAUAACGCGUCGAGAUUUGCCUCGUGCCUGCAGUAUUUUUUCCUAAGCUAAUUUAGAUAUAAUAGCAACGAUAACAACGCGCGUCAAGUUACAUCCCUAAAGGCUGUGACACCGAGUAUAUUAGAAUUGGCGUGCAAAAUUAUGAUACGCGUACUUCGCUGCGAAGCUCGACGAAAAGUGAGACAGGAAUCGGUUGCUUGUCGGCGCGAUGCAAUCUGUUCAUAACUCGUUUUCAUUUAUGUUUUUUUUUUUUCUUUUAACACGAUAACGUAGCGUUAUAUUAGUUUCUAUGGAAUUAUUGGAAAAGAAUCAGCCCUCGACAGUUCGAUGUUGUUAUCACGUUAUUUUGAUUAAGGAGCAAAUGAGAUAGGGUAUGCAUGACUCGAAGAAUAAUUAGCGUGCGAGUAUGAAUCCGAUAGAUGAAUGUAGAAGUACGUUAUUAUUAUUAAUAGCUUAGAGAGUCCUAAGAUCAUUGCCUCACUGUGCCAGUAUUAUAACAAUUAAUGCAAUUCUGCCGUAAUGACACACUGCCCGGUGUCGGUCCAGUUUUGCGUGAGAAACAACAGCUGUACAAAACUGAUUUCGUUUUAAGUAUUAUACACACGCACGCACGCGCGCGCGUAUAUAUAUAUACACACACACAACAUAUAUAUAUAUACACUCAUAUGUAAUUACACACGAUGUAUAGUUAGAAAUGAAUCGCUUCUUCAAAAGAAGCGUUUAAUAGAGUAGUGUCCAGCUGUUGGAAUUAAGUUUACCAUUAACUUUUCAAGUGUUACUUAACGAUAGGUAUAAGUUUCUUGCCUUUCUCUUUUUUUUAUUUAUUUAUUUUCCGCUAAUUUGUACAACGAUUGAAAGAAUGCGUUAUACGUAUACCAGUGCCAAUAAGGGGGAAAGAAUACCAAAUAGCAUAAUAUCGAUAUGCAUAAUACCAAUGAGAUAGGAGGCUAAAUACGAUCGAUGUUCGCUUAGUUACUUAAUAGAAAACCCCUCGAAGCAAUUUGAUUGCAUUCACACGCGUAUUACGAACAAGUAUCGAGAUUUUUCUUGGCGCUUUCUUAAAAAAAAAAAAUCUCUAAGUUUGAAUGCAAGUUGCCACGAAUCGCCUCUUGCCCGCUUACGCUUUUCAUCCGUAAUAUCUACUGAUACGGUGAAUAUUCGAGUUAAAUUACACGUACAGUAUUUAUCCAGUUUCCACCGGUAACGAACGAAGAACGAAACACAUUUUAUUGGUAAAUAUGGCACGACUGCGUUAAUUGCGAAGCAAUGCAAUUAUUUUACGUGUACAUAUUUCUCGGUGUACACGGGAUAGUGAUAAAAAUACUGGUGAACGCGUUGGUUGCCACGAAGAUUGUCACCCAUGGUACCACGAAUUUAACAUAGUCGAGCUAGCGAGCGAAAUGUGUAAAUCGAGAAACGAAAUGAUUUUUGUAAACGGUCGCGAUUACAAUGUGCCGUACCACCACGGUGUUUCCUUUCGUGUUGGUCAACGCGUUAAUCGAUAGUGUUGCCAGAAACACGUGAUACAUAUACAGGUAAAUAAAUCCGGAGACACGUGUUUAUGAAUUUUUGUCCACAUCACGUUAUUCGUAGUGGAGUCAUAAAUCAUAGUCAGUAUUUUACAUUCAUAGGAUAGCAUUUUUAUUAACGUAGACGAUUAAGAAAGUGAAUGCGUCGCAUCGGUUUUUCUAUUCGACUCUUCCGUAAUCUUCUCGUAUAUCUUUAUAAACCGUGCCCGCGUUGCAGGUAAAACAAACACCUUCACGUAUACACUUUAUAUACAUGUAACGUACAAACACUUAACACUUAUCGAUUAACGAUAGAGAACACCAUUUUUAGUGAUAAACAAUUUUUCGAGUGAGCUACAAAUAGCGACUGUUUAAUUACUUAUCAAUUACUAGAUCUAGUCUGCUACAUCACACGAUUUCCGACUUCUCAUCUUUGAAACCGUGUAUCGAGAGAAGAACGUUUUAGUUAUAGAACAUCGAGCAUAAUUACGAAUUUCUCGUAGUUCAGCUAGAGUUUAAGCUUGACUAGUGCCUCUAGUCGUAACUUUGUCCAAAUAAGUAAAUCGAUAGGCGAAAAGAACGAUAGAAUAAAACCUUUAUUUACCAAGCGUUGCUCGUGUUCAUUCUGCGAUCACGUCCCCACGCGAAUCUUCUCGUAUCCAUAAGUAAUUAGAAGAGUCAUACGGCUCGUCGAGUCAACACGAAAUUAAGCGUUUUAUCGCGUUCGCUGAAAUUCACGAUCGAUAUUGCGUCAUUUUGCAUGAACCAUGUAAAUAAAUGAAAAAUUUCCGUUUGUUUA